GAGUUAUCCCCUUGAGAUAAAGCAUGCUGGAGAGUUGCAAAGUAAUUCCGUGGAGGGGAAAGGGUGAGAAACACUCUGCACGAUUCCAAUUCAAGAUUGACAUUUACUGUGCACGACGGGGAGGUCAAAUCGUAGAAAAGUAAAUCAAGUUUGAGAAAGCGACGGAUUUGGUGACGCGCGGGCGCUCGUGGCGCACAAGACGGAACUCUCUGCAAGUUUUCUUUUCUUUUUUUUUCUUUUUUAUAGGAGGGUUAAUAUGACGGGAUGCGAGCCGAACGCGAGGUAGAAUGGCCUCUCAUCUCCCAUGGAUCUCUGAGGGAUGGCAUCUUUUUACACUCAUCAUCACCAUCUUCCAAACGUGGACCUGCGGAGACUGUUCCACCGGCUCACUCUCGCGUCGUCUCUGAGCAUCCUUUGCUUCUCACUGGUUUACCUCCUCACCGGAUGCUGUCAGUCUGGGAUCGUCGAAAACUCAGACAACAAGCCAACCACGCACGGGUUGCUCACGCCGUACGAGAGGAACGCGUCAGCGGGGGACGGUGCGUUUGCGGCUCAGGAUCAGGCUCAGGCUCAGGCUCAGGCUCAGGGAGGGCUGGAGGCGAACAGCUCCGGGAAAGAAUGGACGGCCACGCGGAGGUUACCCCAAGCCCUCAUCAUCGGGGUUAAGAAGGGAGGAACAAGAGCUCUGCUGGAGUUUCUGCGGCUCCAUCCUGACAUCCGCGCUCUUGGAUCCGAACCGCACUUCUUUGACAGGCAUUACGCACGAGGACUGGACUGGUACAGGAGUAUGAUGCCUAAAGCACUGGAUGGCCAGAUUGUAAUGGAGAAGACGCCGCGCUACUUUGUGACAGUGGAAACGCCAGCAAGAGUCCACGCCAUGUCACAGGAGGUGAAACUGAUCGUGGUCGUGCGGGACCCGGUGACCCGAGCUAUAUCUGACUACACGCAGAUCAUCUCCAAGACACACGACAUCCCUCCCUUUGAGAGCCUCGCCUUUAAGAACCGUACCACAGGUCAGAUUGAUGCUCAGUGGAGCCCUCUAUGGAUCGGUCUAUACGCCCAACACUUGGAGCGAUGGCUUGCCUGGUUCCCCCGGGGUCAGGUCCAUCUGGUCAGCGGUGAAAGGCUCAUCUCCGAUCCAGCUGGGGAAGUUGGGAAAGUCCAGGACUUUCUGGGUCUCCAGAGGAUCGUCACGGACAAACACUUCUACUUCAACAAAACAAAAGGCUUUCCUUGCCUGAAGAAGCCCGAGGGGAGCAGUAAACCCCACUGCUUGGGGAAGACCAAAGGGAGGACGCAUGCCUCCAUCGACACGGAAGUGAUGCAGAAACUGAGAGAUUUUUACAAGCCCCAUAACCAGCGUUUUUAUCAGAUGGCGGGGCAGGACUUUGGAUGGCAGUGAAAAUGGCAAUUGAAAAUUGUUCGCGCACAAAUCAUUCAUUCAUUCAGAUGCAAAA